AUGUUUAACGUUUUUUUAGCAUCAUAUAAAGAAUUUGCUGAGCCCGGUGCUUUCAACGAAAUGUAUUGUAAGGGUCGUCUUUGUGCCAAUUGCGGCAAAUGCCGUGAUUGGUACUAUACCGGCGAUUCGAAAAAUUGGCAGUGGAUCAGACGUGCCAAGGAUUGGAACAACGAAGAAAGGAAGCGUUGGAACAAUGGUGAUUACUACAAAGACUUUAAGCGUCGUGAUGGUUACACUUGUACUGGUGAUUCUUAUCUUUCUCUUUAUUCUUUUUCUCUUCGUGGUGAUUCUCUUUGUUUGUGUGAAAAUAAUCGUUUUGUGUAA